AUGUUGGAGAAGGGGGUGAUCCGCCCGAGCCGGAGCCCGUACGCCUCCGGGAUCGUCCUCGUCAAGAAGAAGACGGGCGAGUGGCGGUUCUGCAUUGACUACCGCCCACUCAACGCCGUCACGGUGCGGGACGAGUUCCCCAUCCCGAGGAUCGACGACCUGCUCCGCGCGGUGAGAGGCUCGCGCUGGUUCGUGGCCCUCGAUCUGCGGGCGGGUUACUGGCAGGUGGCCAUGCGGGAACGGGACGUGCCUAAGACCGCGUUCCGCACCCCGACGGGGCUUUUCGAGUUCGUGGUCAUGCCCUUUGGGCUGGUCAACGCCCCGGCCACCUUCCAGAGGAUGGUGGAGCAGCUGUUCGGGGACAUGUACUGGAGCGGGGUGUUAGUCUACCUCGACGACAUCCUGGUACAUGCCCCGACGCUGGACGAGGUACUACGGCUGCUGGGGGAGGUGCUCAGGCGGUUACAGGCCGCCGGGCUCAAGCUCCGGCUGUCCAAGUGCACCUUCCUCCCCAAACAGAUCGAGUACCUCGGUCACGUGAUCGAGGAAGGGCGCAUAGCGCCCCAGCCGAAGAAAGUCGAGGCGAUCAGGCAGCUGAAGGCGCCUACGGACGUCCGGGGGCUCCGGCAGUUGUUGGGCAUGGUCGGGUACUACCGAAGCUUUGUGCCCAACUAUGCCGGAGUCACCCAGCCGCUGACCAGGUUGAUGCGGGGCCAGGUGCCCUAUGUGUGGGGCGAGGAGCAGCAGCACGCCUUCGAGUUGGUCAAGGCCAGCCUGGUCGGCGCGGCCCUGUGCAACGACUUCUCGGGCGCGCAGCUAGUCGUGGAAACGGACGCCAGCGACUACGCGGUGGCGGGCAUCCUGUCGUGCGAUUCGCACGGCAAGAUGACCCCCAUCGAGUACAUGUCGAAGACGCUGAGCGAGGUGGAGGUGAGGUGGCCUACUAGGGAAAAGGAGGCCUAUGCGAUCGUGGCCGCGUUGCGGAAGUUCGACGUCUACAUUCGGGGACGUCGGACGACC